GACUCGUAUUCGACCAGGAAAACGUCGAUCCAAAUCCUCCGAACUGUCAUUGGCUAUAAUCCAACACAAUGAAUUUAGACCACUCCCGCUACCAUUUUCACACAUUGCAGAGGCGCGGAAGUUGGUUUACUAGGCAGAAUGUUGGGGGAAUGCGGUAUGCUGGAACGAGACAGAAGGGGGCUUCGGAAAUACGCCGUGACUCUCUGCAAAGAGAUGGUGGUGGACGAGCUGUUCAUUCAGUCGCUGCAGACAGACGACAUUCUCACCGACAGCAUGGCAGAAAGCAUCCUGGCGGAACUGACCUCCCACAAGCGGAGCUGGCGUCUGCUGUCCCUGCUCCCCAAGCGUGGUCCCAGAGCCUUCAGCAGCUUCUGCUCAGCACUGAGAGACACAGAGCAGCAGCACCUAUGUGCCCUGCUCACAGAGUCACCAGAGAGGGACGGAGAGAGACAGAGAUAUGUGGACUCUCCCCUCCCACUUCCCACCCAGGAGGGGAUUGUUCCAACCAAGAGAGCCAGAACACAAGAGUCAAUGGAGAUGUGUCUGGAUGCAGACAGUCCCAUCACCAGCUCUGUUCUUCCCUGUACACCAGACUUCUACCUAAAACACUCCCAACAGUCCUAUAGUAUGGUGUCCAGUCCUCGUGGCCUGGCCUUGGUGAUCAGUAACGUCUCCUUUGACCCCUGUGCUGCUCCUGAACUGGACUCCAGGAAGGGAGGGGAGGUGGACGAGGAGGUCCUCAGGAAGGUGUUCACUGAGCUGGACUACAUAGUCACCGUCCGGAGAGACCUCACAGCUCAGGGCAUGCGGGAGUGCAUUGAGCAGUUUGGCACACGGCAGCAGCACCAGACCGUAUCCAGCUGUGUGGUGUGUCUGCUGUCCCAUGGAGUAGAGGGGGCUAUCUACGGCACAGACGGACAGCUGCUGGAGUUGGACUGGGUGUUUGAGGCGUUUGACAACGCCCACUGUCCUCUACUGCAGAAUAAACCCAAGAUGUUCUUCAUCCAGGCCUGCAGAGGAGAGGAGAUGGACUGUGGGGUGGAGCAGUCAGACGGGCCAGAGAGGACCCAGUCUCCUGGCUGUGAACAGAGGGAUGCAGGGAGGGAGGGGGAUGGAGACACCAGGCAGAUGGAGGAGCGAGGCAGGCUCAGAGUCAAACUGCCCCAGCGCUCUGACAUGAUCUGUGGCUUCGCCUCCCUCAAAGGCACUGCAGCCAUGAGGAAUACCAAGAGAGGAUCCUGGUUCAUCCAAGAGGUCAACUCAGCACUCCGCUUCAGAGCCAGAGACACACACCUAUCAGACAUACUGGUGCAGGUGAAUGGUCGUAUUAAAGACAGAGAAGGCUAUGCUCCUGGCACCCCCCACCAUCGCUGUAAGGAGAUGUCUGAAUUCACCAGCUCCCUCUGCAAAGACCUCUACCUGUUCCCCAAGUACUACCCUCAGUACUGACACGCACACAUUUCUGCACCCCUACAGCACCACACACAUACCGCAUCCACUACUGACACACACACACAUGCUGUUACACACAAUCAUAGAGGAUUAAUUCAUUCACAUUUGCUGUGCAAAUUCCCUCUCACAGACAAACUUGGAAAGAAAAAUGGAACGAGUUGUUGUAAAUCUACGUGCUUGGUAAUGGGCAUGAAGUAUACAUGACUGGUAUGAAGCUGAUGUGUGUACCUACCUAUCAGCUAGGCUUGCUAUAUGUGUAUCUGUGCCAGUUAGAAAUGGGAUUGAAAUGUUAGAGGAAAAUAUUUUAGCUUGCUAACACACCAGAAUAUAUUUAAAUGUAUCGCUUUUAAUUUCUUACUAAACAGCAACGUUUGUGUUUGAAGAUUAUUCUUUUUUUAAACAUGUAUUUUGUAUGCAGAUCUAUUUUUAUCCAUUUAUUUUGUAUCAAAUCAUUUUGUAUUAAAAAAUGUUUAUUAUAAAAUGCAUAGCAUUAGAAUAGGAAAUCCCCCCUGACCAAAUGAAGGUAUGUAUCUGUGUCCAUAUGAUGGGCAGACAGGUGGUGGUGUAGAGUUAUAGGCUGAGGAUGCAGCAUGGAGGGAGCUGCAUUUCAAUACCCUCCUAGUAAUCUGAGUCUUCCACUGAAGGAUACUGGGACAAGUAGAUGUGAUAUUGGGAGUUUCAGGGUUUGUUAGCAAUGAUUUGAUGUGUUAUUGAGGCAACAAGUGUACUGCAUUCCAUUUGAAUAGAAUGGAUUCAUGACCAUUUCUCUCACAAACAACUGUCCUCCCCCUCCCAUCUCUACCUCCAUGAGGGGGUUACGGUCUAAGGCACUGCAUUUCAGUGCAAGAGGCUCACUACAGUCCCUGGUUUGAAUCCAGGCUGGAUCACAUCUGGACGUGAUUGGGAGUCCCAUAGGGCAGUGCACAUUUGGCUCAGCGUCAUUCGGUUUUGGCCGGGGUAGACCGUCAUUGUAAAUAAGAAUUUGUUCUUAACUGACUUGCCUAGUUAAAUAAAAAAUGUAGACAAGUUAAGGCAGGUAGGUUAAUUAAUGUUAUAACUACAUUGGUAACCAGACUGUUAUUACUUAGAUGUGAUGAAAGAUGUCAACUUGUAUUUAAAUGAAUUACAUUUAUGUUACACCAAUGAAUUAAAUUAGAAUUCUAUGUAACUGCUUGUUAUCUCUGGUCAACUUGAGACCUAAGUUACCUACUGUCAAUGUUUCCUUGACCAUUAAGAUUUCAGUUCACAGGAUGGAUGUACAUGGAUGUUUUAAAGAUGUAUGGAUUGAUUUUAAAGCAGCUACAGUAUUUUCCUUUUCAAUUUGAUAUGCAAUAUUCCAUAGCAAUGUGUGCCAUGUGAAAGCUGUGGUAUUGUCUUUAAAAUACUUGGUUUAUCAUUUACAUAGGACGAUGCAUCACAUUCAAGUGUAUGAGCAGCAAUAUUGAUGUUUGGUUCUAACAGUGUUGUAGGGAGGAGUGAUAUGACAUGAACAGUAUGAAUUGAGCUGUUGACCAACCAAUCACAGAUGCAGCACAUAGUGCUCAUGUUAAAAAUAUAAAAAAUCCAUAGAGAUCCUGUUAAAUUAGUAUUCUAAUUCUAUGGACAGUUCACCCCAAAUUCUAAGUGCCAGAUGUUUGUUAGAUGCUUUCCAUUCGGUUUGAAGCCUCUAGUUCGGUUUAAACUAACUUAAUGUGUACAAUAUAGCAUCUACACAACUGGUGUCGUGACAGUCAUAUUUUUUGUUAUCGUGAAUUUUCAGAAAGAUUUUGUGGCGAAUUAGGUUAUCCCUUGAAAGUGAAGUACUGAGGUCUGGGGUUCACUGCCAUAAGCUAAGGAGCUGCUGGGGAUGGGGGGAGGAGAUGACUGUAUUUAUGUCUAAAACAAAGACUGCCAAAUGUUCAGGAAAAUAAACAACCUUUUUGUUUUUUCUAUGAA